AUGGCUGAACACAUUGAUAAAAGUCGUCUCAACAUCGAUCUUCGAUAUCAUUAUGAUUAUAUAGCCAAAUUUCUUAAUUUUACAAAGGAUGAUAUCCAUACAAUGAACACAUUAGCUCCAAUUUUAUUUCCCUAUAUUCCACAUAUUGCUGAAAUAGCCUACGCAAAAUUAUGUUCAUUCGAUGUAACAAAACGGUGUUUUCCUGUGUCUAGUGAUGAUGAUACCAAUGAUUCGUCACUAGACAGCGAAUCCGUAUUUACACCUAUAUGUUCCGAAACAGAUGUUUUCAGAGAUAUAUUUAGUAUUUAUUUAAAACGUAUAUUAAUACAAAAUGAAUGGAACGAUACAUUUAUAAAAUAUUUGUCUGAAAUGGGAGAAUUAUAUGGAGGUAAAAAUUAUUGCAAAGUAGUUAAUAUUGACUAUAUACAUUUGAAUGCAUUGAUCGGCUGUAUUGAAAAUAUAAUGAUUGAAACGAUUUUAAAGCUGGAAAAUUUUGAUUUAAAAAAGAAACGUGCUGGUGUACGAGCAUUAAACAAAUUUUUUUGGAUUCAAAGCAAUCUUUUGACGAUUCAUUAUAGCAGUUAA